AUGGCGAGCCAAGGGCAGCAACAGCAGCAGCAAAGGGUCUCAGAAUCCAGCAACCAGCUCAGCUGCAGGUCGAACCUGCGGGGGACGGAGAAAACCAUCUUCGAUCUCGUCUGUGCUGGGACUAACAGAAGGCAGUGGGCGGAGUGGCUGCGAACUCCGUUGGAACACGCCGCCGGUGUAGGCAACAUUGAUCUCGUGACUAAGCUCCAGGGAGCCGGGGCGGGCGGGAGUGCUCUCCAUCUGGCACUCAGAGCAGGCCAGGACGCACUCGCGCAAGAGCUCCUAAGGCUGGGAGCUCCCACGAAGGCGAAAGACAACAACGGCGACACACCUCUCCACCUUGCUGCCGCCAGUGGCCUCGGCGAUGUCGUGUCCUUGCUUCUUCGUGACGGGGCUGAGGUGGAUGUGCUAGACAACAAGGGUCGGACGUCAAUUCAUCUCUCGGCGGAGCGUGGGUCUCCAUCCACCGUUCAAGCUCUGUUGGCGGCCGGUGGAGACCCGAGCUUGCGGUACGGGAAGGGCAAGGCAUUUUCGGCGUUGGGUCUGGCUGCUAGAGGUGGACAUGUUGAGGUCAUGCAAGCGUUGAUUCGGCACGGAGUGGACGUCGACGGCCCUGACUCGAACGGCUGCACGGCCUUGCACUCGGCUGCGAUCGGGGAUGCGGUGGGUGCAAUCGACGUGCUCAUCGAGGCUGGGGCGAGUAUCGACGCUCAGGGUGGCGAGGAUGGCGCACGGUACACACCUCUGCACGUGGCGAGCGAGCAGGGUUCGUCCGAAGCCGCACUAUCGCUGGUCAAGCACGGAGCGGACGUGCACAGGUCGGGGAAGACGUGCCGGCGGAGGCGCUGCAACGCUCUUAACCUAGCUGCCGGCCGUGGCCACACCAUGAUCGUGACAUCGCUUCUGGCUGCCGGCGUGAAUGUCAACCUUCGCCCAGCAUACUCAGACAAGUCAGCGUUGGACGCGGCUUUUCAGGGAGGCCACGCCGACAUUGUGACAUCCUUGAUCCAGCACGGAGCGUUUGUCGACGCCACAGACUCACGUGGGUGUACGGCGCUGUUCAAGGUCAGCCAUAACACUAACGCAGCUUUGAUCGAUAAGCUUGUGGCAGCCGGGGCUUCUGUGAACGGGAUAGUGGACGCUACAGGUAGAACACCCCUCCAUCACGCGUGUAUGAAUGACUGCCCUGAAGCAAUUAUUUCGAUGCUACGCCACGGGGCUCGCGUGGAUGCGAAGGACGAUGAUGGUGACACGCCUCUUCAUGUGGCAUCGACGGAGGGAUGCUCGGAAGGGAUUCGCGCGCUUGUACAACAUGGGGCUGACAUCAAAGCGCUCAACGCCAAAGGCCGCACGCCGCUCGCCUUGACCGCCGAGUUCGGCUGUGAAGAUGCUACGGUAGUCUUGUUGGACGCUGGGGCAGACGUCAACGCUCCCGCUGACCACACCGAUGGAUCAGCUGCUCUGUCUUUGGCCACCUUGAGCGAGUACGUGGACGACACUAUGAAAAUCUUGAUUCAGCACGGAGCCGACGUAAACGCAAGGAACACAGAUGGGUUCACCGCUCUGCACCGUGCCGCUAUGUACAACGAGGUUGACGGCGUCGAUCUUCUGAUCUCGGCCGGGGCUAUCAUCGAGGCACUGGAUAAUCACAAGAGCACGCCUCUCGCCGUCGCGUUUCGGGAGGCCGUUUAUCGUUGGAAGAAGUACAACGGUGGUGCUGGGGACUUCGCGGCCAUGGUCUCCUUGCUGAAGCACGGAGCCGACCCCAACAUCGGGAACAUACAAGAAGGCUGUCCGAAUUCUUUGCUCUGGUACUUCAUACGUUGCGGAUGCCCGAUUUCCGUGUUCCGGGAGCUUCUUGCUGUCGGUCCGAACCUUGACGUCCGUGACGACGAAGGGUGCACUCUUCUACUGCUCUCCCAAGAUCACCCCGAGUUGUUCUCCGAACUACUGCUGCACGGGGCGGACACGAAUGUGCAAACCAAGCGCGGUAAAACCGCGUUGCACAAGGCCGCGCAAGACGACAACGGGGUAUGCAUCGAGGCCCUCAUCAGUGCCGGGGCCUCGACCAAUGUUAAGGACAGGAACGGCCGCACGCCUCUUCACCUCGCCACCAUCAACCAUAAAUGGAACGCCAUGCGGAUGUUGCUAAGGAGCGGUGCGGACAUUUCUUCAGCGGACAACGACGGCUUCUCAGCGUUGCACCUGGCGGCAGCCCACGACCAGUGUACUUCCGGUGAUUCCGCGAUGGCCACGACAAUGGACUUGCUGCUACGAUGGGGUGCUGACGAGAAUGCGGUCGACUCCGCCGGUAGAACCCCCGUAACAGUUUGGAGAGAGAAUGAGUCCAUGUACACGCUUUCGUGGGCGAACAAGCAAUCUGUGAAGAAGAUGUUCCAACGGGCACCCAGAGACAAAGCGUGGCGUCGACGUGGCUGGCUAGUUCUGUGCCGUGCCUUCCCAAACAGGGUGCGGCUGAAGGAGGACAACGCUGGAACUUGUCCCAGGGCCGGCCGGAGUCUUCGAGCACGGAGGGUUGGUGCUGGGUCGGGGUCUGGCAGCAGCAGCGUCCCUCCUGUCGGAGAAGCCGGGGGAGUCCCGGUAGGCACACUGCCGCCCGAGAAGAUGGCUGGUGGCUUGAGUGCGUUGGUGGCGAAGGUGGUGGGUUUGCACGAGGAUGGCGUGUUCAUGACCAUCAUGGAGUUCGUGUAG